GGCGUGGGACACAUGUCUGUAUAAAAAUAGUAUUUAAGUUUACAAAAUAUGAUAAAUCUAAGCAAAAGGAAAUUGAAACAAAUUGUUAUAAGUAUACUUUUAAUAAUAUGUGCCUGUCAGUUUAUAAAAUUGACAAGUCACCUUUUAAAUAACUCGCAAAUCGAAGAAGAAUUUCCAAGGCCACCGGAGAUAACAACGAUUCAUUUCGACUAUGGAAGUAACGUGGAAGAUUCGUAUGAAACAGAACAAUUCCUAGACAGCAGUAACAAAUACAUCCUGUUGGUUAAAUCAAAGGAACCGCCAAAAUAUCCGUUCACAACUUUUACUUUAGGAAAUGUUAUUUUCACUGAGAACGCUUGUGAUCACACCAACUGCUACAUCAUUGAUGAUAAAACUUACAGAGAUGAAGCCUCAUUUGACAUGGUCGCAUUCAACGCCCCAGAUCUCCACGAUCUAGAAGUGCCAGAGAACAGAUCACUUCACCAGAAGUAUGCUUUCUUCUCUUACGAAUCACCGCAGUAUCAUCCAGUAUGUAUAGACAUCUAUGACGACUUCUUUAACUGGACAUUCACUUACAAAUUCAAUUCAGACUUUCGCUGGUGGUUCUUUGAAAUCUACGAUCUGAAUGAUACAAAAAUAGGACCGCCUGUGGAUGUGUGGCCGGAUUUCAACCCUAUUGAUGAUGAUUUAAAGUCCAAAUUGGAUGGCAAGACUAGAAUGGCAGCGUGGUUUGUAUCGAACUGUGAUACUAUUAGUGGGAGAGAAUGGGUAGCAAAGGAACUUGAUAAAGAAUUAAAGGAACGGUACGGAUGGUCGAUAGAUAUUUACGGUAGUUGUGGAGAUCAUGCUUGCCCAAGAAGGUACGCGGAAUUAUGUAAUCAACAGAUUGAAAAACGAUAUUUCUUCUAUUUGGCAUUAGAAAAUUCCUUCGCGGAAGACUAUGUGACCGAGAAGAUAUUGCUGGGCUUGAACAAUUUGGCUAUUCCAAUUGUUUAUGGCGCCGUGAAUUAUUCUAGAUUCCUCCCACCAGGCAGCUAUUUAGACGCGCGGGAACUGACCACGCAAGAACUAGCCCGAAUCAUGAACAAGAUAGUCACCCAUCGUGAGAUCCUAUACGACUUCUUCAAGUGGACCAAUCACAUAUCCUAUAGACAUGUGUCCACUAGAUCUCAAGUGUGUGAGCUUUGUGCUACGUUGAAUGAUAGACAACGCAUGAAGACUGUUAGUAUGUAUCAAGAGUUUAGGAAUUGGUGGAAUAGUGAGGGGUGGGAGGAUAGUUGUUCGUUGAGCCAUGAUUAUUUUUAAUGAGAAAUAAAUGCUUUAGAAGUG